AUGACAGGAGUGUUUGACAGAAGAGUCCCCAGCAUCCGUUCCGGCGACUUCCAAGCUCCGUUCCCGACGUCUGCCGCCAUGCAUCAUCCGUCUCAGGAAUCGCCAACUUUGCCCGAGUCGUCGGCCACCGAUUCUGACUACUACAGUCCCGCGGGGGCCGCCCCGCACGGCUACUGCUCUCCUACCUCUGCUUCCUACGGCAAAGCGCUCAACCCCUACCAAUACCAGUACCACGGCGUGAACGGCUCCGCAGCCGGCUACCCGCCCAAGGCUUACGCCGACUACAGCUACGCCAGCCCCUACCACCAGUACGGCGGCGCCUACAACCGCGUCCCGAGUGCCACCAGCCAGCCAGAGAAAGAAGUGGCGGAGCCAGAAGUGAGGAUGGUGAAUGGUAAACCAAAGAAAGUUCGUAAACCCAGGACUAUUUAUUCCAGCUUUCAGCUGGCCGCAUUACAGAGAAGGUUUCAGAAGACUCAGUACCUCGCCCUGCCAGAACGCGCCGAGUUGGCUGCCUCUCUGGGACUGACGCAAACACAGGUGAAAAUCUGGUUUCAGAACAAAAGAUCCAAGAUCAAGAAGAUUAUGAAAAACGGGGAGAUGCCCCCGGAGCACAGUCCCAGCUCCAGCGACCCUAUGGCGUGUAACUCGCCACAGUCACCAGCGGUAUGGGAGCCCCAGGGCUCAUCCCGCUCUCUCAGCCACCACCCUCAUGCCCACCCUCCGACCUCCAACCAGUCCCCCGCGUCCAGCUACCUGGAGAACUCGGCUUCCUGGUACCCAAGCGCAGCCAGCUCAAUCAAUUCCCACCUGCCGCCACCGGGCUCCUUGCAGCACCCGCUGGCCCUGGCCUCCGGGACGCUCUAUUAG